CACAGAGUGCAUGCAUGUCAGAUACAUUAGAGGAGCCGCUGGAGACAAAGUGAUAUAUCACAAGAUGCAAGGUAUGCGGAACGAGACUCUCGUAUGGCUCCAGAGAGCAAAUUGUGGAAGCGAGGCAGUGGACCAUGUGUGCAGAUGCACUUAAUAUCCGUAGUUGGCCUGCAAGGCGUUAGGCUCACAAGUUGGCAUGCAGAUGCGUGAGCUGGGUGCGUGCGUGUAUGUGUGAGGGUGUUGGGAAAAGCAGAAGGUGGGGUACGACAGAAGGAAGGAGGAGUGCAUCGCAUAUCGUGCCGCUGUCUUAGCAGCCAGCCUUCCAAGAUUACAAAGUCGUUCACUAGCGGGUGAAAGGAGCAGACUCAAGCGUAUGAAUAACGCCGGAUGACGACACUGGGGCGACUGUGACUGUGAUGCGAUCGUGGAACGCCCCCUUUCCAUGCACCUGCACCGGCACCAGCACGGCAGCCGAGCUUACCCAGUCCAAGGUUCCAGAAUACAGCCGACGGCUACUUGGCAGCCCUCCAGCUUCUGCUGCAGGGUACGGCUUUGUCCUUUGUUUGACCGAGACAGGGGCUGGAGAUCGGGCCUAGCCUCGCCUGCAGGCUCUUCUGGGAUGCCUGUCAGUCAUAUGCAGCACAAAUCUGAGUGAGGUUCAUCGCCAUAUUCGUCGUACUAGACAGUCGCUCGCACUCGAUCUCGUUUCAGGAUGUACAAAGCCUGCGCCUACGCUGUGCUACUGCUGCUGGCCUGUCUCGGGCGCAGCCAUGCCGCCGGGAAUGAAACGAUAGCCGAUGUGAGCUUCGUCGUGAAUAAUGAGUUUGCCUGCGGCACGAUUGUCACCUGCAUGGGAUUCGCCGAGAGCUCGGCCCAGGGACGGCUUCUUCUGCUGCCCGAGUACGAAGAGAAGGCGUCGGGAGUCGCCGUGUUCCGCGACCGCGUUCAGCUCGUCGAUCUGACGAGCGGCGAAUCAGCCUCGUUCAGCACGGUCUUCUCGUUCUACGUUAACGCCGAGCGGCUGCCGCAGACGGGCGUGGGCGACGGGAUCACAUUCGCCCUGGUGUCCAACAUUUCCUGGGUGAAUGUCUCGCGGACGGUGGACGACUCGAGCCGCGAUCGUGCCUUCCACUCCGCCUCGCUCGGUGUCUUUGCCAUCGAUGGAGGCCGGGGAAGCUCCGAAACGGUGGCGGUGGAGUUCGACACGCUGAACAACGACGAGACCAGCGAUAAGAACGACAGCCACAUCGGGAUCGAUGUCAAUGACAAUGUGUCGAAAACGAGCACGGAGUUGGAAUUUCUGCUGAGUGGCGGCAAGGUUCGGCGGGCCUGGGUAGAUUAUAAUGGCUCCACGCACCGCAUGGAGGUCAGGAUCAGCGACAGGUCCCAGAGGCCCUCUGCAGCGGAUCUGACCUACGACAAUCUGAAUCUGGCCGAGGUCUUCGACAACACAAAUUGGGAUGGUCGGGUUUGGGUGGGGUUCACUGCCUCCAACGGCGUGGGCACGAGCAAGUAUGUCGUGAGUCAGUGGAGCUUCGUCAGUAGUGCGAAUCAUUCUUCUCUACCGCAGGCCACGGACCAGCUCGGAGCAAGCGGGAGGGCGUCGUCGCCGCCGCCGCCCUCGUCGUCGUCGUCGUCAUUGUCGGCCAAGAUUACUGCAAUUCUUCCCCUCACCGCGGCGCUCACUCUAGCUCUGUGCGCUUUCUUGCUGGGUGGAUUCGUCGAUGACUUGUUUGCAGGUGCCGAGGUCUGCGCACAGCAACUCUGCAGCAGCGCCUCGGAAUUCACUCAGUCCAUGCCGGGAUCCGGAAUUUUCACAUCGUAGGGCACCGCAUCGUGCAAACGGUGCUGCUUACAGUGACGCGUUCUGAGACUGGACGAUGAUUCGACGUCCAAGAUUCUCACCGUAGCGCUGAUGCGAAAUUCGUGUGUAGUUUCAGGUCAUUUUUACCAUUUGCGACUGUACGUGGAUGGAGCCUCGGGUGGCAGGUGUUCUGAUGUGAAAGACGAUGUGGGUACGGAGAAUGCGGUUCUAUCGGGUUUGUGCAUAAGGUGGGGCGAAACGAGAGGAUUCGGAAGAUGUUACUAGGGCGAUGUUAUGUAAAUAUGCAUUAGUUCGAGAGGCUGCAAUCCACGGGAGAGAGGUGCGGAAGAACAAUUCUUGCGACUCGUGGAAGAAGUGAGGCGACUGCUCAGCGCAUUCCAGUACUUGAGGAUCGGAGACUUCCCUCCUUGGUGCCCAGCGGUUAGCAAUGGCUGCUAUAAUCUUCGACCUGCCCAUCUUCGGAUGGACUGUACGGGUGGACUUGGAUAGAAAAGCUGGAACCGAUUGAAUUGCUAAGUCAAAAAUCCGAUUUUUUUUCGCGCUCUCAGAUGUUGCUGAUGUGGACCGACCUGGCAGAGAUGGCAGGACGGUUAGUUAAUUGACCGCACUGCGCCUUGCUUGGCUCUUCCAGUGCACUCACCUGCUCGAAGAUGGAUUCAUCACGGUGAAUGGAAAACGGGCGUGGUCAUGUUUCUAGCAAGUAGGCCUGCCUAGGGCGAAGCAAAUUCAUCCUCUCGGGGAAGGGCAGGCUUUCAUGAUGACACUCGUCGUUUACAUCGAGACUUGGGUGCUAGGGAGUGGUAUGGCAGUGACUCCUGCUCCGAAUUGCAGAUGACUAGAUGUGACAUUCUUUUCUGGGCGUUCAGCAGAACUUUCAAGGUCGUUUCACGCCCUCGUGUCAGUAGAUUCCAUGUGGAUGGAUUACAGGAACUAGCUUGUGAAUAAGUUGGAUAGAAUUCUCCUCUUGACUUCAAUUGAUGUCAGUUCGAGGAGCAGGUAUCGUGUUGUUGCUCGGAAAGUCUUGGAAUGAAGCUUCGCAGUGAAGGCAGGACGAAAUGUCGUUGACUCUUCACCACUUUGCGUACCCUCAAUAUCUUUGAGAGAAUCCGUUGAUUGGAAAGUAUAGUCUGCCUCACACGUGAUCGCGGCGAGCGCCUGACAAAUUUGCAUUUAACUCAAAAUAG